AUGGACAGGACGCAUUAUGAGAGCAAAUGGGGAGAAGAAGAGAGGCCACAUGUGUGUGCGCUCCCUCCCUCCCCCGUCACACUUUCUCCACACACAUCCCAUCCCUGCUUCUCCCCCAUCUCUUCUCUCCCCGCCUCGUCUGAACUGAAGCAUGGUAGCAACAGUGAUGAACGGCAUAUUCCUGCAGGCGUCUUUGGAGAGCGAGGCCCAACGGUGAUGAACGGCAUAUUCCUGCAGGCGUCGUUGGAGAGCGAGGGCGUGGCCACGCGUGUGCAGACGGCCUUCCGCAUGAGCGAGGUGGCGGAGCCCUACAUCCGCCGCCGCGCCGUGCGCCACCUCGAGAAGGGCCGCGUUGUGAUCUUCGCUGCUGGGACUGGGAACCCCUUUUUCACCACGGAUACCGCGGCUGCUCUGCGCGCGGCUGAGAGUAAGCUUCUGGAGUGCCUUGGGAGGGAGGGAUCAGGGGUUGUUGGCGAGGUGGCGGAGCCCUACAUCCGCCGCCGUGCCGUGCGCCACCUGGAGAAGGGGCGUGUGGUGAUCUUCGCUGCUGGCACCGGCAACCCCUUCUUCACCACCGACACUGCUGCUGCAUUGCGCGCGGCUGAGAGGUUCUUGCUCCUCUCUUUACCCCAUCCCCACCGCCCCCAACCUCUUACUGCUCUGCUGCUUGAACUCGCCAGUCGGCAUGGAGGUGUCGACGCGGAGGUGGUGCUGAAGGCCACCAACGUGGACGGGGUGUACGACUCGGACCCGCGCAGCAACGAGCACGCGCGCCUGCUGCCGCUGCUCUCCCACCGCGAUGUCACUCUGCAGCAGCUGCAAGUCAUGGACGCCACUGCCAUCACGCUGUGCCACGAGAACGGGCUGCCAGGUAAGAUGAGUCAUGCGCUAUGCCAUGCAAGAACACUGGGUAUGGUGAGGGUUACGGCCGGCAACGCAAUAGGACUGGGUGUGGGAUCAAUGCUGUGUCCUCUGCAGCAGCUGCAGCAGCUGCGAGUCAUGGACGCCACUGCCAUCACGCUGUGCCACGAGAAUGGGCUGCCGGGUGAGAGUCAUGCGCCCCGCUGCCAUGCGAUUAGACUAGUGUUUUUUGCUGCGUAUGCCAAUUGUCACUGCCUCCCCUUUUCUCCCCCCUCAAUCACGCUCUAUCUCGCUUCCCAACCCUCCCCUCUUCCCCUCUUCCUCUGUUCCCCUCUCCGCCUCUCCCCAUUUCUCUCUCUCCCCAUCUCGCUCUCCCUCCCCUCUCUCCCUCUCCCUAUCUACGCAGUGGUGGUAUUCAACCUCACAGUCCCGGGCAAUAUUGUGCGAGCACUCAGUGGGGAGCCUGUGGGGACUCUCAUUCUCCCAUGA